CGUGUUGAUGUUAGCCUCUAGCUUUUGCUAGAAAUAUAAAGUUCCUAACUAUCCCACUCCUUCCGCUAAAAUAAAAUAUAAUAUUUCUCUUUAAAAAAAACUUGAUUUCUAUAAAACUCUUUAAUAAAUAAAUCACAAUGAGUGAUACCCUCGAAGUUCUUUAUACAAGCGACCUAAGUGAGCAACAGUGGUCUUGUUGCGCUUGGGACUACAAGACUGCAACUAGUUUAAUGGUCUACAAAGGUGGCGGUGCUGUAAAUGCAAGGUGCUUUUGCUUCGUCGGAAACAGCCACAUUAUAAGCGCGAAUAGUGCUAAGCCAUUAUUUCAUGUCUGGCCCAUAAAUAGCCAGGAACAAAUAUCAUCGGUGCGAUUUGUGGCUCCCGGCAAAGCAAAUGCCUUAGCAAUAAGUCCGGACGGCAAUUAUCUUGUAGCGGGAAUCCAAGAGACGCUGUAUAUCUGGCAGAUCAGCUCGGGAAGAAUGUUGGCAAACCUCUCCAAACAUUACCAAGCCAUCACAUGUAUAAAAUUCACUGACGAUGGGUCACACUUUGUGUCUGCUGGUUUGGAUGGAGGUGUCUUGGUCUGGAACCUACCACAGGUCAUCUGUAAUGGAGAUCACAACCAGGAGCCUCUAUACUCCUUCAACGAUCACGGUCUUUCUGUUACCGAUGUUCACAUUGGAAGUGGUGGAAUCCGCGCCUAUCUAUAUUCUGUGUCCCUGGACAGAACUUGCAAGAUUUACGAUCUUAGUUCAGGAACUUUGCUGCUUAAUAUUGUAUUUACGGAGAGUCUGAGUUGCGUGGCAUCGAACAACCUCGAAACAUCAGUUCAUGUUGGAACAACAGAAGGUCAAAUCUAUGAAUUCUAUAUAAACUCCCUGCCCAGGACGAAGGAAUAUCAUAUGACAAAAGAGAACGUGAACAAAUACUUGGGACACAAGGGUACUGUAUCUUGUCUAGCACUCUCUGUUGAUGGUGAGACACUUGUUUCAGGAGGAGAGGAUGCUCAAGUGCAUUUAUGGCAUAUACCAAGCAAGCAGCUGAUCAGAACCCUCGCUCACAGGGGGCCCAUUUCGAAUGUGGUCCUUUCUCUGAGAAAACUUAGUGCCUUCGGACCCGAGAAUACAUUCCUGAAUAUGUUCACCAACAAUCUCAAGCGAAUGAUGGAUUCUGCUGACGCCGACGAGUCCCAUACAAUAGACGUACUCGUGGAAGAGAACGACGACGAUGAUGAAUUUGACAUCACCCAUCAAAUAACAAAUCGAUCAUUUGUAGCUGGUCCUGCUGCACUAGGAUCAAACACAGAAGAAGUAGAGACACUGAGACAGGAAAUUAAAAAACUAAAGAACAUUAACAGGAAAUUGUUUUCAAUUUCAACCAAAAAUAUACUCAAUAGUUAAACACAAAAAUACUGUUUUGUUAAAGUACACAUUUAAAUAACAAGAAAAAACG